GCUGCUGCUGCUGCUGCUGCUGCUGACGCCGAUGCUGCUCCGGGCCGCUUCCGGUGCGUCUUCCUCGUGUUACCGCACGUCCAACUACUUUCGGACGCAUUUCAACGACACCACCAACGUUCUGGAACAACCCGCGUCCAGUGUGCUGUUACAAGUGUGUGGAAAAUCGCAAGAAACGUGUUGCGGCGAGAACUCCGAACCACAAUUGGUGACCGUGGGCAGAAAUCUGUACGACGAUAAGUUGCAGACUUCGUUGAAAACGCUGAGCGUCAUGUACAAGGAAAAAGCUGUAAAAUUUGACGACUACUUCAGAGACAUGUUGAAAAAAGCAAGAUUGGGCUUCCACGACAUGUUCAAGAAAACGUACGGGAUGAUGUACGAGCAGAACUCGUACCUGUUCGAGAAUCUGUUCCGCGACCUGGAGAAGUAUUACGACACGGGCAACACGAACAUUAUCGAAGUGCUGGAAAACUUUUUCUCCGUUCUGUGCCAGAAAAUGUUCACCGUCAUGAACAGUCAAUUCACAUUCGACACCAAGUACAUGGUGUGCGUCAGCGAGAGCAUGUCGGAGGUGGCACCUUUUGGCGACGUGCCCGUCAAACUGUCGUCGCCGUUGAAAAGAUCAUUUGUCGCUUCCAGAACGUACGUGCAGGCGCUGAAAAUAGCCGGCGAUAUUUUGGCCAACAUCAACAAGAUGAUGCCUACCCAAGAGUGUUUGGUUGGUUUUACCCGGAUGACCCAGUGCCCGGUUUGCAAAGGGCUGCAAGACAGCAAAGCGUGCAACGGGUAUUGUCUGAACGUCAUGAAAGGAUGUCUGGCGUAUCACUCGCAACUCGACCAGGACUGGAAUGCGUUUUUGGAUAUCAUGGAAAAAGUGAAAAAACGUCUGCUGGGUCCGUUCAACAUCGAACUGGUCGUCAUACCGAUCAACGUGAAGAUAUCCGAAGGCAUAAUGAAUUUCCAGGAGAACGCUCAGAGAGUGUCACAAAAGGUGUUCUCCAACUGCGGUAAACCGACACUGGGAUCGACGCGCCGACGCCGACGUCGCCGGAACGCUGACGACGAUUAUUACGAAUUCCAGCAGGGACGGGUGAUGAGCGACGGCAUGAACAAGGACGCAGAAAAUGAUGGUGACGAGAACCUCGACGACGACGACGACGACGACGACGACGAUGACGACGAGUACGUUGAAAUGAAACCGACAGCGGUGAAAAACGAGAAAAAAGAUAACGUGCCAGAUGAGGGUGGCAGGAAGCAGCGAAAAAAUAAGAACAACAACAAUAACAACGGACCGAAGAGCGGAAGGGCAGGAGGCGGUAAUAACGGCAAGAACCGAAAGAAGAACAACAAAAACCGUGGCGGCGGCGGUGGUGGUCUCGAGGACGAGGAAGAAGAUCAAGGCGGUCCUGCGUACGCGUUUCACCGGCUGCUCAAGGACAUCGGCACGCACGUGGCGUCGACGAAAAACUUUUGGAAAAGGCUGCCGUACGAAGUGUGCAACAACGACGUGGCCGUGAUCGAGACCGGACAGAACACCACUUGCUGGAACGGAUCUGCUCUGGCCAGCUACACGAAAGAAGUGAUGAGGGACGGCAUUAAGAACCAGAAAAGGAAUCCCGAGGUGCCCGUGGACCUGUUGCGGCCGAGCAGUCUGCUCAACGAACAGGUGUUCGCCCUGAAGGCGCUGACGAACCUGCUGAAAAACGCGUACCAGGGACUGGACGUGGAAUGGGACAUGGAGGAGGUGUUUCACGGCGGCGAGUCCAGCGGCGUCGGGCCAAUAGCGUCCUCGGGCGACGGGUCCGGCGACGAGGACUCGGAGUCCACGUCGCCAUCCGCGGCCGUGGACGGGCCCACGCACGUAUCGUUCACCACGACCACCGUGUCGUCGGCCACAACGCCGCCGCCGAGCACCGUCGAGACGGUGGACGACAACCGCGUGGACACGUCCGGCGGCAAGACCACCGCGGGCACGGACACCAGUGGCGGCCACAAGGCGAACAAGCCGACGCUGCAGAAGGCGCUGGUCGCGUACCUGCUGCCCGUGGUCGCCGUGUGGUUCGGCAACUCGUUCUUCGAAUGGAUCCUGUGAUAGGGUUUUUGUUCCUCCGAGAGCGCGUCCAGUGCCGUUCUCAACGGUGCCAUAAAACGUUCAGUGUGUAUGUCUGUGAUAAUUUUAUCGUGUGAAAAAACGAUUUUAAAUUUAAAAACAUUUUUAACAAUAAUUACCGGCCACCGACGGACGGGAAAAAAUAACGGUGACCACUCGAAGCCCUCUAACCCCCACCCCCGCGUGUAUAUAAUUUUAUAUAUUAUUAAUAACAAUUGAUCGUUCCCGCGGCCGGACUUCCUAAGGCCCGCGCCGCUACACGGGAAAUAAUAAUAAUAAUACCAUGUGACGUUUUUGUACAUAGUUUGUACGGCAACCCUAACGUCGUACUUUAACCGAGUACACUAAUACAUUACGCUACUAUAAUUAACCAUUUUUAUUGUAAAACAUUCGUGUUGAGUAUCUCGUCGGACAAUAUUAUUACCAUCGUGUUACGGUCAAGGUUUCAAACAUUAAUUACGACCGUUUUUAAAUAAUGUUAAUCGGUUUCCAAAUGUCCACAUCUACGGGUAUUGUCCCGGCCAGACUUAUGUGCAUCCAAUACUCGCGGUGUAGCUUAUUCCGAUUGAAUUUCUUUCGAGCCCAAACUUCUGGGCACGAAUGACGUACGUUCCUCGCAUGACCACAACCUUGAAAGUCAAUGGACACUUCCAUGGGUGCCUUUUGUUAUUGAAAGGAUUUAAAUUUUGUAUUUGUUUUAAUUUUUAAGCGAUUUAGUCUAGUCAACACUUUUAUAAAUUGUAUAAACGUAG